AUGUUUGAGAGGCUUGAAGAGCUGAAAAGGGUGUGCCAGGACAAAGCGCGGAUCAAGGAGAUUAUACUCCAGGCAAUAGAGGCCAAAAGGCAAAGCAUAAAGACCAAGCAAAGGGUUUUGGAGGUUAUGGACAUGCUUAUUAUAAACAGGGUGAAUAUGACUGAGGAGCUAGAGUUUAUGGAAAAAAGGGCGUGCGCUGCACAGUCCGCAGAGAGCGCGAGAAAAGCCAAAGAGGACAGCUACUACACCAGACGGGUCGCAGAACUUGUUGUGUUUUUUGAGAGCGCCUACAAGGCAAAAUCCGUUGAGAAGUGA